AUGGCCGAAGACAAAAUGGGAUUGGCAAUAGGAAUCGACCUUGGCACAACAUACUCCUGUGUUGCAGUAUGGCAGCAACAACAUAAUAGGGUGGAGAUCAUUCAUAAUGAUCAAGGCAACCAUACCACUCCUUCUUGUGUUGCUUUCACCGACCAUGAAAGGUUGAUAGGAGAUGCUGCUAAAAAUCAGGCUGCUUCCAAUCCAGAGAACACCAUUUUUGAUGCUAAGAGGUUGAUCGGUAGGAACUACAGUGACCCACUUGUUCAGAAAGACAAAAUGUUGUGGCCAUUUAAGGUUGUUGCCGGUGUCAAUGACAAACCCAUGAUUUCUGUUAAGUACAAGGGUCAGGAGAAGUUCGAUGUGUCUAUUCUCACUAUUCAGAACAAAGUCUUUCAAGUUAAGUUUCAAGUUAAGGCCACUGCCGGAAACACUCACCUUGGCGGAGAGGACAUUGAUAAUAGAAUAAUUAACUACUUUGUAGAGGAGAUGAAAAGGAAAAGUAAAGUUGACAUAAGUGGGAACCCACGUGCCUUAAGGAGGUUGAGAAGUGCUUGCGAGAGAGCAAAAAGGACACUGUCAUAUGCUGUUACUGCAAGCAUAGAGAUAGAUGGUUUAUUUGAAGGCACUGAUUUGCUUUCUUCAAUAACCCGAGCAAAAUUUGAAGAAAUCAAUAUGGAGGUCUUUGAAGAGUGUAUGGAAACAGUAGAUAGGUGUCUUAGGGAUGCUAAGCUGGAGAAAAGUAGUGUGCAUGAUGUUGUCCUUGUGGGUGGUUCUUCUAGGAUUCCCAAAAUGCAGCAGCUACUUGAAGACUUUUUCAAUGGGAAGGAUCUUUGCAAGAGCGUAAACCCUGAUAAAGUUGUUGCUUAUGGUGCAGCUGUGCAGGCUGCUCUCUUGACUGAAGGCAUUAAGAAUGUUCCAGAUUUGGUAUUGAAAGAUGUUACUCCGCUUUCACUUGGCACAGCGAUACUAGGGAAUCUCAUGAGUGUUGUGAUUCCUAGGAACACUACUAUUCCAAUAAAGAAGAAUAAAGUUUUUGUAACAGUCGAAGAUUACCAAUUUUCAAGCUAUAUUCCGGUUUAUGAGGGCGAGAGAGUGAAAGCCAGUGAUAAUAAUUUGUUGGGUUAUUUUAAUUUUUCUGGCCAUCCUCCAGCUGCUCGUGGCUAUCCGUAUGAUGUGACUUUUGCUAUAAAUGAAAAUGGCAUUCUUUCCGUUUCUGCUAAGGAUAAAGUAACCGGUAAUAGGAAUGGAAUUAUAAUAUCCAAUAACAAAGAAAGACUGUCAAAUGCAGAAAUUAGUAAAAUGAUUAAAGAAGCAGAGAAUUAUAAGUCUGAAGAUGAGAAGUUUCUUAAGAAGGCCAAAGCAAUGAAUGACUUAGAUUAUCAUGUUUAUAAGAUCGGAAAGGCUUUAAAGAGAGAGGAUAUAAGCUCAAAGUUGAGCUGGAAAGAAAAGGAAGAUAUAAUGUCUAAAAUUUCUAGAGCCACUGAUAUUAUCAUUUGA